AACUCAACAAAUGUUUCACUUAGCAACAGAAAUUUUGGGCUCUGUUGUCAUAAGUCUUGAAGACUACCUGUACAGUGCAGAACUCAAUCUGGGUGUAAACUUGAUAGACGGUAAAACGUUUUUUUCUUAGCGAUAGAAAAGUCCAUUGCAGAAGCAGCCGCCUGCUGAGUGUUAAGCCCAGACAUGCCUUUUUAGCCUUGUGUCAUGUCUCCCAAUCCGUCCCUUGUUUUCAUUUUUAGUCUAGUUCCUCCUCAGCCUCACCCAGCAGCUGUUCCAAAGCUGGAUCUGCUGUUUGUGUUGAACUUUGGAAGAAACCUCUAGUCUAGGAAGACUUACUUUUUUUAAGUAAGGAAGCCUACAGUUGUACUUUGUGAAUCAAAAAAAGAUAUUUGCAGAACAAGAAAAAUGGGGAGGCCCAGGAAAACAUCGGAUUCUGCUGCAUCUCCACGCCCAGCGGCUACAGCCCCAAAGGCAGGUCCGGGAACUCCUCACUCAUCGGCCUCCUCCAGGACCAUCACUGCGACCGCUGCAAAGCCGACGGCUCCUAAGAGCGGAAGCGGUAGCGGAUCAGGCCCAGAGAAGGCCUAUUCCACAAAGCCUAGAGGAGCAAGGGAAAGUGUCCAGCCCAGCUCUGCAACGGCUUCUGAGGGCCCACGAGGAGGUACGCGAAGGAAGAGUGAGGGAGCGGCAGCCAAGAGCUCCACGGCAUCGGGUGGGGCAAAGGCUUCCGAUGCGGUCAGCAAAACCCAAGGCAAAGCGAGGGGCCUGCCUGCGCCCCUCCCCCCUGAAAAAGUGGCCGAGGUCGAGCGGGAAACGCGGGGUCAGUGGAGAAACCCCGAAUGGCACAAGUGGCGCGAGAACCGCAUCACGGCCUCCAUCGCUCCCAAGAUCUCCAACAGCAAGUUUGUCAACGGCCGGACCACGGAAGUGCCUCAGUCGUACCUGAAGGCUGUGGUGGGAUCGGGCUCUGGGGUACAGAGCCCGGCCAUGUCUUGGGGGGUCCGCAAUGAGAAGAAGGCAGUGCAAGCUUAUGAAGCCCUCAAGUCCAGCACGGCAAAGAAGCCGGUGAAGGUGAAAGAUUGCGGCCUCUUUGUCGACAGAGACAAGCCCUGGCUGGCUGCCAGCCCCGACGGCAUUGUCCAAGAAGCGGAUACCGGCAAGGAUCUUGGUCUCUUGGAGGUGAAGUGCCCCUAUAAACACAGAAACAAGACGGUGUCCGAAGCCUGCAAAGAUAAAACAUUCUGUCUGGAAAAGGAGGGCGGUUCCUACUCACUGAAGAAAGAUCAUCCCUAUUAUACCCAAGUUCAGUGUCAGAUGAAAGUCUCCGGCCUGGACAAAGCGGAUUUUGUCGUUCACACCAAGAAAGAAACUGCAAUCGCCCCGGUAGAUUUUGACCCGGAUUUCUGGAAGCAAACAGUCCCCAAGCUGCAGAAAUUCUACACGGAUGCUGUGCUCCCUUAUCUGGAGGAAGAGAAGCGCUCUGCUGCCUGGGCCAAUGAAGAGUGAAGCUGUGGGAAGUUUCUGAUUUUCUCCUCCCCCCCCCCCUUCAGAGAUGCGCCUUCAACCUGUUUACCUGUUCUCCUUUAUCCUGCCUUCUCCAAGAGGACAGAAUCAGCUGCAGCUUGUGUGUCCAAAGGCAAGCUUUGUAAAUUCUGUAAAACAGCCCUACAGAGAGGUGUUUCCCAAUCUGGGCAAUUUUGAAGUAUGCAGACUUCAACUCCCAGAAUUCCUCAGCUAGUCUAGGUGACUAGAGAAUUCUGGGAGUUGAAGUCCAAACCUCUUAAAAGUCAUCAAGAUUGAGAAACAUUGGCCUAGAGCAUGGGUAGGCAA